AUGGCACACAUCCUUCGCAGGUUGGGCGAGGCGGCGCUGCGUGUGCGCAAGGUUGGCACGAAUGCCAACAUUUGGCUGCCGCCCAUCGUGUCACGCCGCAAGGCGAUGGAAGUCCGGCACCAGUGGCUGGCGGAGGGCAAGGACUGGCCAUACGAGCACAUCGUCCCAGGCAUACCUAAGAAUGACCUGCCGUACCGAGACGGCCGCCAGAAGGGCCACAAGCGCGAGGUGGAGCGGCGCGACAGGCAGGCGCGCAUCAAGGACGCCAUGGCCAAGAUGCCGCAGCUCAUAGCGGAGUACAGGGUUGCGCCCGUUGACAAGCUGUUGAUGACGCAGCGCCAGAUCAGGGAGAAGUAUGUCCUGAGAAAGCUCAAGUAA